AUGAUAACAACACAUUCAACGGGAUAUAAUUCUGUUCCGAAAUCGGCUGCCAUUGGUGAUUUCGACCAUGAUAAUCAUUCAGAUAUUGCUAUUGUUAAUUAUGCCACUAAUAAUAUUCUUAUUCUGACUUCAUAUGCCAUUCAUCCUCGCACGCAUCGACUGACAUAUUCAACUGGCGUUAAUUCUCUACCAAAUUCUAUCGUUGUUGAUGAUUUCAAUAGCGACAAUCAAUCGGAUGUUGCUGUUGUUAAUGUAAGAGGCAGAAGUUUCAAUGUAUUCCUCGGACUCGGUAAUGGAACCUUUGAAAAUCAAAAACUAUAUUUCAUUGAAAAUAAUUCUAUACCAGAAUCCAUUGCUGUUGGUGAUUUUAAUAAAGAUAAUAAUCUUGACAUUGUCGUUGGCAUAUACAGCAUAAGCGCAAUUAGUAUUUAUCUAGGAAAUAGUAAUGGAACCUUUAAGCAAGCAAAUAUCUAUCAGAUGGAAGGUUCUUAUCCUAUUACAGUAGCUGUAGGGGACUUCAAUAACGACAGCAAUCUUGAUAUAGUCACCGCUAUUUAUGGUUCUAAUCAUGCAGGUGUUUUUCUUGGACUUGGUAAUGGAACUUUUACAAUGAUCAAAACAUAUGCACCUGAAAGUGAUUUAGAGAUGAAUUCUGUUGCUGUAGGCGAUUUCAAUAAUGAUAAUUUACUAGAUUUUGUCUUGGCACGUUAUCAACGUUGCAUAAUUAGUAUACAUCUUGGAUACGGCAACGGAUCGUUUCGUAUUUCAAUGAUCAUUUCAACUGGUAAUGAUUACCCAAGUAGUAUUGCUAUUGGAGAUGUAAAUAGUGACACACGACUUGAUCUCAUAGUUGCUAAUCCUUAUUCUUCAAGUAUAGAUAUAUUUUUGGGAUAUGGAAAUGGAAUAUUUGGAAAAAGAAGCAUUUAUUUGACUGGUCCUGGCUCUCUUCCGUGGUCUAUUGCUCUUGGCUACUUGAAUAACGACACUUUCCUAGAUAUUGCAAUUACGAAUGGAUGGUAUAAUAAUAUCGGUAUAAUAAUGGGAUAUGGUAAUGGAACGUUUGGAGUACAAAAUAUGUUUUCGACUGGAUUUAAUUCGUUACCAAAUUCAAUUGCCUUUGGUGAUUUUAAUAAUGAUAAUCAGUUGGAUAUUGUAGUCAGCAGCAGGGAUGCAUAUAAUUUUCAUGUGUUUCUCGUAUCUUACUAUGCAGAUUUUACAAAUGAAAUUUCACUAUUAACUGAUUCUAGUUCCCGUCCAUAUUCAAUUGUUGCUGAUGAAUUCAAUCAAAAUAAUCAUUUGGAUUUGGUUGUUACCAAUUCAGGAACUGAUAAUGUACAAAUAUUUCUGGAUUACGAAAAAGAAACUUUUAUGAAUACGUCUAUGUAUUCAACUGGUUUUGGUUCUCAUCCAUGGUAUGUAAUUACUGCCGAUAUUAAUAAAGACAGUCAUCGUGACAUUGUUGUGGCCAAUCUUUGGAAUAAUAAUAUAAAUGUAUUUUUUGGCUUUGGUAAUGGGACGUUCAAUGAACAAACUGUACAUUCAACAGGCUCUGACUCUUUUCCGCAUUCGAUUGCCGUAGGUAAUUUUAAAAAUUAUGGUUGGAUGGAUGUUGUUGUUGCUAAUUAUGGUAAAGAUAAUAUAGGAGUAUUUCUUGGAUUUGAUUAUCCAACAUUCAUAAGUUAUACCAUUCGUUUAAAUACACGCAUUUUAGUUCCCUUGCAUAUUAUUGCAGCUGAUUUUAAUAGUGAUUAUCGAUGGGAUAUUGUAGUCUCUAACGCAGAUGCUGACACUGUCAGUGUACUUUUAGGAUAUGGAAAUGGGACUUUUAUCUACUAUAGAUCAUAUUCUACAGGUUUCACUCCAGCAGUAAUGGCUGUUGCUGAUUUCAACAAUGACAAUAAACUCGAUAUUGCUGUCACUAAUACACAAGGUUACAGUAUAAGCAUAUUUCUAGGACAUGGUAAUGGAACAUUUGCACAACAAAUGUUAUAUUCGACAGGCUCUUCAUCUCCAUUUUAUAUUGCCGUUGGUGAUUACAAUCAAGAUAAAAAUCCGGAUUUCGUUGUUGCCAACAGAGAAAGCGAUUGUAUUGGUAUAUUUUUAGGACAUGGUAAUGGAACUUUCUCAAACCAAAUAACAUAUUCGAUGCCAAAUGGAUCAUCACCAAAUUGCAUUGCCGUUUAUGAUUUCAAUAACGAUGGCAUACUAGACUUAGCUGUUGUCAACCGAGGUAGAAACGAAAUUAGCAUACUUUUAGGAUAUGGUAAUGGUCUUUUUAAAAAUCUGGCAACAUAUUCAACCGGAGUUGGUUCUAUUCCAUAUUCAAUUGCUAUUGGAGACUUAAAUAAUGAUGGCUCAAUGGAUUUUGCGGUCGUUAAUCAGGGCAGUAAGAAUGUUGGCAUAUUUUUUGGAUAUGGUAAUGGUACAUUUUCAUCGCAAACAACACUAUCGACUAGUUCUGAAUCUAUUUUGUUUAUGAUUGUCAUCGCUGAUUUGAAUGAUGACAAAAUACUUGAUAUUGCUGUUUCUCAUGUAGAUAAUGGUAAUGGCAGUAUUAGUGUGCUUUAUGGAUAUGGCCAUGGCAAGUUCACAAUACUAAUGACCUAUUCAAUUGAGAUCAGUUUAUAUCCGUCGGCUUUUGUGAUAUGUGAUUUUAACAAUGACAGUAGAGUAGAUUUGGCUAUCGUCAAACCUAAUAGUGCUAGUAUAAUAGUAAUGCUUCGAGAUAAGAGUACACCUUUCCCAACUCAGACAACGUUUUCAACUGGCUAUGCUUCUUCUCCUGCUUCAGUUACCAUUGGUGAUUUCAAUAAUGAUGAUCACUUAGAUAUUGCAGUAGCCAAUUCUGGUACGCACAAUAUCGGUAUUUUUCUCGGAUACGGUAAUGGAACAUUUAGUGAGCAGAGAACAUAUACAACUGGUCUCCUUUCUGCUCCGAAUACGAUUGCUGUCAGUGACUUUAAUAAUGAUCAUCAGUUAGAUAUUGUUGUUUCGAAUUUUGGCACGAGUAGUAUAGGCAUUUUCUAUGGAUAUGGCAACGGGAAUUUUUCAGUUAUGACAAACUAUUCAACUGGAAUUGGUUCUUCUCCAUACUCGAUAGCAGUUGCUGAUUUGGACAAAGAUAAUCGAUUGGAUAUUGUUGUUGCUGAUCGUGGUACCAAUAAAAUAGUUGUCUUUUACGGUUUAGAUAACGGAAUUUUUGGAAAUCUAGCGUCAUAUCCAAUAUAUUAUAAUUCUCGACCUUCAUUUGUAAGUAUUGCGGAUUUCAACAAUGAUAGUUGGUUAGAUAUUGCUGUCGCUAGUUAUGGUACAGACCAUGUAGACAUUUUUUUACAAGUAUGUUAA